GGUAAUGUUUUCAUCAGAAUCAGCCAAUCUAAUUCUGGAAUGUGAACGGCACAUGAAUGUGGGACCUUUCCUCCUUGCGUGCUUUUCCUCCGUACUUACUUCCAGCAUGCUAGAAUUGAUUAGCCAACCACUUAUUAAAGCAUCUGUAAUCAACUCGCUAACACGUUUAUGGAAAUAAUGAUUCAUUCCGAGACGGACUUACCUCAUGGAGCCCUAGUGAUGCAUCAGAAGUACGAGUAUCUAGGUGCUUGGUAGCUUUCUCUAACCCCUCAAUUGCGUCUUUGGCGUUAUCCCAACCGAGACUCAAUAUCGAUGAUGGAUGAUGAAUGAAUGCAUAUAAGAAGGGCGAGACUUUCCAAUCUGUUCGAGUCUUUUCUUUAUUCCUCAUCAUUCAGUCUUCUCUCUGCCCAAGUCUCUCUCAUACUUCAUACUCACAUUCUUCAUAUCAAUCUUCCCUCUCUCAAUUAAUUCUCUAUCAAAUCUCUCACCAUGGCUCCUAAAGUAGCUAUUGUUUUCUACUCCAUGUAUGGCCACAUCCAAAAGCUUGCCGAGGCCGAACAAGCAGGUCUCAAAAAAGCCGGAAUUGAAGCCGAUCUCUUCCAAGUUCCAGAGACUCUUCCUCAAGAGGUCUUGACUAAGAUGCACGCUCCCGCCAAAUCCAACAUUCCAGUUAUCGACCCAAGCACUCUUGCGAACUAUGACGCAUUCCUCUUCGGUAUCCCAACCAGAUAUGGUAACUUCCCCGCCCAGUGGAAAGCCUUCUGGGACGCUACCGGAAGCCAAUGGCAAACCGGAGGCUACUGGGGAAAAUUCGCCGGAAUCUUCGUUUCCACCGGUACUCCAGGUGGCGGACAAGAAAGCACCGUUAUUGCUUCUCUCUCAACAUUAGCUCAUCACGGCAUCAUCUAUGUUCCAUUGGGUUAUGCAAAGUCGUUCGCACAACUCGCAAAUUUGGAAGAGGUUAGAGGUGGCUCCCCAUGGGGUGCGGGUUCUUUCGCUGGCGCCGAUGGAUCUCGAUCACCCUCUGCACUCGAGUUAGAACUUGCUACCAUUCAAGGUGAGGAGUUUGGAAAGACCAUCAGCAAAGUCAACUUCGCGUGACUAGAUGGUUCUACCGCAACCAAAGGAGAAGUAAAGUCAGAAUCAACUUUGACAAAUAGCAAUGGAGCAACCAAAAAUACCCAACAAACAAACCAGAAAACAGGCAAAGAAGAAACUGGGGCUAAAGAUAGGGAAGGUCCAUGUGGCUUACCUGCCAAAUGCACAAUUCAAUAAUUUAAAACUUCUAAUAGCAGAAUUUACAACCUUCAGAUACA